AUGGACAAUAAAUGCCCAGUGUGCCAUGCAAAAAAGUUCAAACGUGAAAGCCCAGGUUUGUGCUGCAGCGGGGGUAAAGUACAGCUUCCACCACUACCACCUCCACCAGAACCACUGUAUAGUUUGCUCAUGGGCCAUCAUCCAGAUCACCGCCAUUUUAUUGAUCGUAUUCGGCAAUACAACGGAUGUUUUCAAAUGACAUCGUUUGGAGCCAAGCAAAUUAAGGAGACUGGUUUCAUGCCAACAUUCAAAGUUCAAGGACAAGUUUACCAUUUGUGUGGAAGUUUGCUCCCAGAAACAGAGCAACAGGCUCAAUUCUUACAGAUAUAUUUCGUAGGUGAUGAUGAAAAAGAAGCUCACAUAAGGUCACACAACUAUCCUGGUGUCAAGCCAGACUUGGUAAAGCAACUUCAACAUAUGCUGCAUGAAGUAAAUAAUUACAUCAAGGAUUUAAAAACUGCGUUAGAUAAGGUGCCACUUGAGUGUCGAAAUUUUCAAGUAAUGAUUCAUGCAGAUCGUAUGCCUGCCAAUGCACAUAAAGGACGUUUCAAUGCACCAUCAGCCAACGAGGUGGCUCUGGUGAUUGUAGGACAGCAGUUUCAGCAGAGAGACAUCAUCCUUGAAAGCCGCAAUGCAAAACAGCAACGAAUAAGCGAACUCCAUAGGGCAUAUGAUGCCCUGCAAUAUCCUCUCAUGUUUUGCUAUGGGGAAGAUGGAUAUUCAGUUGAUGUACUUCAGCAAGAUACUGCUGAUAAGUUGGGGCCUACUACUAAAUUACCUGUCAAGAAAACUGUUUCUGCAGCUCAGUUUUAUUCCUGGCGUAUAAUGUUACGAGAUACAGAAGAAAAUUAUCUGUUACGCUACUGUGCUCUUCUAAGUCAAUUUUUAGUUGAUGAGUAUGCUAAGAUAGAAACUGAAAAACUGAAUUUUCUCAAAUACAAUCAAAGCAAACUGAGAUCAGAGGAAUACAUUCAUUUAAGAGAUGAAGUAGGAAGGUAUGAUGCUGAUCAAAUAGGACAGAGAGUGGUAUUACCAUCAUCGUUUAUCGGUGGACCCCGUUACAUGCACGAACGAGCUCAAGAUGCCAUGUCAUAUGUACGUCAUUAUGGAAGUUCAGAUUUAUUUAUAACUUUCACGUGUAACCCAAAAUGGAAAGAGAUUCAGCGAGAAUUGUAUCCCGGACAGAAGCAUUAUCAACGUCAUGACAUCAUUGCGAGAGUUUUCCAUAUGAAAGUGAAGGAGUUUAUGGAUCUUAUAGUUAAAGGACAAGUUUUUGGUAAAGUUCGGUGUCACAUGUUAUCUGUAGAGUGGCAAAAACGAGGGUUGCCCCAUAUUCAUUGCCUGCUGUGGCUGGAAGAAGCCAUUACUGCUGAUAUGGUUGAUAAAGUUGUGUGUGCUGAAAUUCCAGAUGUUGAUCGUGAUCCCCUUCUCUAUGAUAUUGUUAAGGCUAAUAUGAUUCAUGGGCCAUGCGGAAGAGUAAAUACAUUUUCUCCUUGCAUGAAAGAUGGUUGCUGCACAAAACGAUAUCCUCGCCCUUUCGUCCAAGAAACGCAGAGGGGACUAGAUGGUUAUCCUUUGUAUCGUAGGAGAACUCCAGAGGACGGUGGUUUCACAGUUAAUCUUAAAGGAUUUCAGUUAGAUAACAGAUGGGUUGUACCAUACAAUCCCGUUUUGUUGCGUACUUUUGAAUCUCAUAUCAAUGUUGAGAUAACGAAUUCCGUAAAAUCCAUAAAGUAUGUUUGCAAAUACAUCACUAAAGGAAAUGAUCAAGCAGCCUUCAUUUUAAAGAAUGAUAAAGAUAUUGAUGAGAUAGAGAUAUACGAAUCUGGUAGAUAUAUCAGCAGUUCAGAAGCAGUGUGGAAAAUAUUGGGAUUUCCUAUUCAUGAGAGAUACCCUGCAGUAAUUCAUCUUGCUGUGCAUCUGGAAAAUGGCCAACGUGUUUACUUCACCGCACAAAAUAUUCAUAACAAAGUUGUAAAACCUCCAGAGACAACACUUUCGGCAUUCUUCAACCUUUGCAAAAUUGAUGAGUUUGCCAGAACACUUCUGUAUGUUGAAGUUCCUUCGUAUUAUGUGUGGCAACAGAAUAAAAAGUUUACAAGACGUAGGCGGGGAGAGAAAAUUGAUCAAUGGCCAGGGAUAAAGAAAGAUUCUGCUUUAGGACGCGUUUACACAAUUCAUCCUAACAAUGUUGAGUGUUACCACCUACGCCUCCUCCUCCAUCAUGUUAGAGGUCCAACAUCUUUUUCUUAUUUAAAAACUGUAAGCAAUGUUGAAUACCCUACAUUCAAAGCUGCAUGCAUGGCAAUGGGAUUGCUCGAGGAUGAUAAACAGUGGCAAUACACUAUUGAGGAAGCUAUUUUAAGCAGCUCAUCAUUCAAACUGCGAGAACUUUUUUCAGUGAUCUUGGUAUUUUGUCAUCCCUCUGAUCCCCGAAGCCUUUGGGAAAAGUACAAGGACAGUUUUUCAGAAGACAUCCAGUUUCAGCAUGAAAGACAACUGCAAGACUCCGCUCUUUCAACUAAGGACAAAGCGUACAACCAAUGCUUGAUUCUGAUUGAAGACACUGUUCAGACUCUGGGAGGUCAGCGCUUAAUGGAUUAUGGUUUACCUCAGCCUGAGCGAUUUGAGACUAAUUUGCAAAACAGAGAGUACAUGCGAGAAACAAAUUUUGAUCUUGAAGAUUUGAAGAAAAAAGUACAUAAUGCUGAAGUCUCUCUAACAGGCGAACAGUCCAGCGUAUAUCAAAAGGUCCUCAACAGCCUCGAGUCUGGUUCAGGCCAAAUGUUUUUCUUAGAUUCACCUGGUAGAACUGGAAAAACAUUUCUCUUAAGUUUACUUCUUUCAAAGGUCAGAAGCAAUAAAGGCAUUGCCUUGGCAACUGCAUCAUCUGGAAUAGCUGCAACGUUAUUGGAGGGUGGAAAGACAGCUCAUUCUGCUUUUAGAUUACCCCUUAACCUCAAUUACUCAGAGAAUCCAACGUGCAAUAUUAAAAAACAGAGUAAUUUGGCUAAGGUUUUACGUGAUUGUAAACUCAUUAUCUGGGAUGAGAGUACUAUGGCUCAUAAAGCAGGAUUCGAGGCUCUUAAUGCAACUCUCAAAGAUCUAAGAAAUUCUGAGGAAGUAACGGGUGGAGUAACUGUUCUACUAGCAGGAGAUUUUCGGCAAACAUUACCGGUUGUACCUAGAGGAACACGUGCAAAUGAAGUUAACGCAUGCAUCAAAUCGUCGUAUCUAUGGCCUAAAGUGCAGAAACUUCGUUUGAGUAAGAAUAUGAGAGUUCAUUUACAUGGAGAUGCGUCAGCGGAAUUGUUUUCUAAUCUUCUCCUUAAAAUAGGAGACGGAUUAUAUCCUGAAUGUGCUGGCAAAAUUAUUAUACCCCACGCACUCGCUACGGUAGUCACGGAAUUGCCAGAUCUCAUCGCCAAGAUUUAUCCUGAUGUUGCUGAUAUAAAAAAUAAGCCCAUUGAAUGGUUGUGCGAGCGUGCCAUCUUAUCUCCAGAAAAUGACACAGCCGCAGAAGUCAACAGUAUCUUAUUAAAGUCGUUUAGUGGAGAAGAUAUUUACUACAAAUCUUUUGAUACAACAACAAAUCGUGAUGAUGCAGUGCAGUAUCCAGAAGAGUUUCUUAAUACCUUAGACCCUCCAGACCAAACAGACGGAGGAGACAAUGACGAACAGGAUCAAUUUAUGGCUACGGCUGGAGAGUUUCUGUUGCACCUGCAUUUAACAUCUGAAAAAGCCGCAGAAUAUGACAAAACGAGCUGA